UUUUAAUAUUGAAAAACGCUUUAUUUGUGUUGAGUACUAAUUGUCUUGUUUUUGUGUGUUUUCAUUGUCUAAGUUUCUCAGUAAGAGUAGAAAGACGCAAAAUGUAGAUAUCCAUUCGAUAACUGGUUGUCACGGUGCCAUGUAUAUUUACCAGUCACAUAACCCUGAGUAUAUCAGGCCUACUAAGAGGGAUGGGGUUAUAUAAACGUACUAUACGCCUAAGCAAAGGAACAGUUAUAAAGCUUGUUUUGAUCCUGUUGCAAUAGAAUAAUCCUUCUACAAAAAAGCUGACCAAAACAAUAUCAUAUAUCGGCUAAUAAACUCUAAUAAACUUAUGACCUUCCGUACACAUGGUACRUGGCUUAGACCGGCACAUGCACACUAACCAUAGGUUCUGCAACGWAUUUUUUGAACCAGUAGAUAACGCGUACGUAUAAAGGGAUACUCUGCAUGAUGUCGCAUAAACAAAAGARGUGUAGRUUUUACUAAAUAUAUAAACCUCCUCGACAGUCGUUCACAACCCUCCUCGACAGGCGUUUGUCAAAGGAAAGAAACUGGAAGCUAAUUGUCAAGCUUUAGCGGAAGGGUAAAAACAAACUCGCUAAAGUCCUUUAUGGACAGCAUAGAGGCAAGACAACUAGGACGAUAUGUCGACAUGUCAUAUUCAAUUAURUUUAGAAACCUUCAGAGAGAAGAAUCAGAGACGAGAAUGCACGACGGAAAAUGAUUGGUUAGGCUGCCUGUGUCAAUGUCAGAUUGAUGUGUGCUGACUGAAAAAACUGUCAAACAAUCAACGAAACAAAAAACAGUCAUAUAGUGAACGCACUCCAUGAAUCGGUGAUUUUCAACUUAUAMCUGACUCASCUGUUUACCAGAAUGAUGAUGACGACACAAAUUCUCCCUAUCCCACAAGUCUAUGCGAGAUAUCCUAUUUGCAAAACGAUCAUUCUGAUCAGUGUGAAUUGGAUUUGAAGGCUACAACAAUGGAGCUGUACGAUGAGAUACAAGAGUUUAUCGAUGAAAACUUUACCAACAUGGCUACCGAUGCUCUUCCAGAAAGUACUUUAACAGUUCUUUCUUCCUCUAACCAAGGCGCUGUACGAGAUUCUCAGCCUUCAGACACACAAACAAUCACUCCAGAAGAGAUUAUCAGUGAAGAUAACAWCGAAAAUYUCUUUCUUCUGCUGCAAGCAMUCGUCAAUUCUUACCMKUUAUCACUGAGAGAAKRUUCUAUCAUAGAUUCUUCGCAGCAAAAUGCGGGAUUUGAUGACGGCUUUACAACACAAAACAUCUUUUCAGAACAGAAUCAAGUCUUAUUGGAACAGAAUUCUGCUAAAGGACAAAGCAAUCAUGAACUUCUUGAGAUUCCAUACUCAAACCUUGAAGAUGAGGAACCAGCAGAGAAUAUCUCUGACCGCGCUAGAGACAACGCGAUUGUUGAUAUGGUUGUAGAAGCUGAGUUAGAAAGUCUUCAACUUCUCUCUCAAUAUGACAUUGAUAAUACUUUCGCAUGCCUUCAGAUAACAACCARUGAGGAUCUUCCGACGAUAGAGUCAGCUAUGAGCGAUGUAGCCAAUGUAUUUGAUGUUCAGUCACUUGAACRARAAGCUGAAGACGAAGACAUGGAUUUCUCUCUACCAAAGCUGAGAUCCUGGUCCAGUCGUUCGAGCAUUUCGUCUGGUUAUUCCUCAGAUACACCGCAUAAUCAAGAUGUUCUUGACUUUUCCUCUUACGAGGCAAUCGUCCCUACAGAUACCGAUGAGUUGGAUCCAGGCUCCCCAGAAUGGCAUCACAUCGCGCUGCCAGAAUGGACCAAKCAGCAAGUGCAAGAGUUUUUGGACUGGAUCUGGAAACUUUACAGCCUUCCCUCGGURCCUGAUAAGGACGCGUUUGAUGUUGAUGGCGCCGAGUUAUGUUCCCUGUCACUUGAAGAUUUGAUGCAAAAAUCCAAGCAUGGAAGCUUCUUAUAUAAAGUUAUUAGAUGGCUCUGUGAGCCAGUUUCUGUUGUCUUCUGUGAAGAUAUAGUCAAAGAACCAAGUCUUGCUAUGCAAGCUAUGUUGUCAAUGCGUCAGGAUUCAUUCACAUUGGACGGAUCCAUUCGCCCUGAGUAUGUUAGUACCGAUGAUGCUAGACCUAAACGAACAGAAAACCCUUCCGAUGUGAAUGAGAAAGACAAUCUKAAAGACUGUACAUGUCCCAAUAAUCCCGAAAGGGAGGCAAGAAGUUCUGCAUCAUCUACGGUCCUCACUCCACCCCCCAACGGCAUCACGUCGCCCUGUGUACCAGUCUCUCCACGACACUAUGGUUCWCGGUUGUGGCCCCCUGAUGCGUAUGCGGCUGCUAAUGGCCUCGCUGCGCUGAGUGUYAUACGACCGCUGUAUCCAAUGCGCGAUGGACUACCWCCAGUGCCUCCYCUCAUUYCUUCUCCAACAAGUCCAAAGAUGAUGAAAUUUACGCACUUUAAGCAAACGCUCAGCCCGGAAAAGGCAUCGGUUAAUAAUGGAGAUAUGGUGUCGCCUACCAGAAGAGAAGUGUCGCCAUUAGAAACAACGCGAAUCGAGGCGUUUUCCAAGUCACCGAUGUUUGACAAACCGUUUCUGUCAAGAAAAAGGGAACACUCGCCAGAGAAAAAUCAUUUCAACUUCGACAACUCUCUGAUCGCCAGCAAGAAACAGUUCAUUGCAAACAGCCAGACUCUGACGUCAGCUGGUCAAUUAGACGAAAUCCACCGUCGCACUUCACCAGGUCAGUUAGCAGAUAUCCAUCGUCGCACUUCAUCGGGUGAAUUAGCAGAUAUUCACCGUCGUACUUCACCAGGUCAGUUAGCAGAUAUAACCAUGUUGUCAAGAAAGAAUCCAGUAAAGUGCCAGUAGAUGUGAGGUCGCCUAGCAACAAGCCGUCGGUUGGUAACCACGUAGAGUCCUUGCAAUCACCGAGGUCGAGUGACGAAGACAGUGCUCUUUCUCCAGUCUCCCCCAACUCGCCAUUUCAGCGUGAACAGGUGAAGCCCGCUGACCGAACACGAAGAAUAAGCUCGAGUUCAACCGACUCAGGGACGGAGGAACCACGAGAAGAUUGCUCAAGCCCUUCCAAGUUAUCUAACGGUGUACGAAAACCUGGGGGACGUAGAAAACAAACCCGUUCACUUCACCUGUGGGAAUUCCUAAAGGAACUGUUGGAAAACGAGGAAACAUGCCCACGUUAUAUCACGUGGAUCUCACGUGAAGAGGGCGUCUUCCGAUUGGUCAAUUCAGGCGCGGUGGCAAAACUUUGGGGUCAGCGGAAAAACCGUCGGAACAUGAACUACGAGAAGAUGAGCCGGGCACUAAGGUACUACUACGAGAGGCACAUUUUAGARAGGGUCCCUGGACAGAGGCUCAUUUACAAAUUUGCACCCGACACUAUGAAGGACUGCAAUUUUAGUUUCAUGAAAAAGUCAACGUGAUCCACGUUUUAAACUUUMCUAGUAACCAGAARCGAUAGGUAACUAUAGUGACAGCUUAGCUUAAAUUGUGUAUCCUAGGUGACAUACUGCUUGGCAACCGAGGAUUUGUUAAACAAAUCUAAAUUGCCAAUGGUAACUUCAGUGUUUCCAUGAUAACCAUAUUGUAUCCAUAACAACUUCAUUAAGCAACUGUGGUUAGCUUGGAAACGCUCUUGUAACCAAGGUGAUUUCUUAAGUUGCUAUGGCAACGUGUUUUUAACAGACGGGUAACCAAGGAAAAGUUGCGAAUCGAAUGCUUUCAGCAUGUUUAGACUAGCUUCUAGUAGUAGGCUUAGUCGAACCCUGUAUCUCUUACUUCCAUGAAGUAUCACAAAUUUUCUAUUCUAUAUUUUUGUACAUACACUAUAUAUGCAUACCUAUAUACCAACUUUUUUGCAAGGUGUACCAGUCUUGUCACUCUAUGAAGUAACGCAAGACUUGCCAUGUCACACGAUCUUGGAAUAAGAUUUGCUUAGCGUUUUAUAUCAUAAGUACAACACGACUCGUGACAAUCUAUCAUUGCGUGACGAUCUAUCAUUGCGUGACGAUCUAUCAUUGGGUGACGAUCUAUCAUUGCGUGACUUUCAUUUUGUGACGAAACUGGUAAAAAAACCCGACAAAUUCAAUUAUCCGUAUUGAUUUUCUGUAUCCUGAGUUUUAGUACUUAUAUGUAUGCAAGUCUAUAACUUAUGGAUCGAGAAAAUGAAAGUAAUUCAUCUCUAUUUUUACAUGUAAAAAGAAAAAAAACUUUUUUUGUAUGCGAAAUAGCGUUACGUGGCACAUUGCGUGACACGAGUAAAACAUAUAAGUAUUACCACCAUUAGAGUUAGACACAGUGCGCGCUAAUACCGUUGCACUUUUUUGCGUUUCUUUUGAUUAUCAAACCCAACUUGUCAAGUUUUAUUUCGCGGGUUUUAUUGUACUAGUUCUAAUCACAACACUUUUACGUACGAUUCAUUUAACGUUACGUAACAUUGCAGAAUUUGUUAACUAUAACUGCACGUAAUGUAGACUUUACGUAACAAUGAUGUCCUUACUCUAAUGUCUUAAGAUUAACACUUUAGGUACGGUUCCUUUAACGUUACGUAACAUUGCAGAAUUUGUUAACUAGCUGUACGUAACAGAAUUUACGUAACAAUGAUGUCCUUACUCUAAUGUCUUAAGAGUAACACUACGUUUGUUUCUUUAACGUUACGUCCGUAACGUAAACUUCAAUAAUUUCUAAAUUACAAAAAACUUUUGUACAAAUGUACUCAUAUUGGAUAAACUUAUUUUAUAUUUACUUUUCACAAGUUAUGGUAAUGGUGGGGUUAUAAGGGGAAAAACACUGUUUUGUAAUCUUGGACGAUGAAUUUUUUGUCAACCUAGAGAUUAUAUUUUUGAUAUAAACUUACAUAAAGCUAAUAAAGUGGUUUAUGAGAA